UUGCAGGUUAUAUUAAACCAGCGGAGCCACCAUCACCGCCAUGGCUACAACCCAUGAUCAGCAUUCUUCUCUGCUAGAUAAACCCAAAACAUUUCUUCUUUAUCGCAAAACUGCUCUCUACCUAAUAUUUUCUUUCACCAUCUUCAUAUCCUCAGUUGCUUUUCUCGGUGUUCACUUUUCCAGGAACACCUCCAUUAAUCACCCGCUUUCUGCUCAAAUCUGUCGCCAUGCUUAUGACGAAUUCUCAUGUCUCUCCCAGCUCUCAGAACUUACCUCAUCAAACCAAGCCGUGAAAAACAAAGAUGUUAUCGGUUUACUCCGAGCUUUCUUGGAAGAAACUGCAUCGAAACUCAAAAAUUCCAUUGACAUGGCGGAAAGAGUCAUCGCGUAUGGGAAGAACGUCAGCCUCAGAGACCAAGCAGCUUUGCUGGACUGCGUAGAGUUAAUGGGUGAUUCACUGGACAGAACUGUGGAUUCCAUGGAAGCUCUCGAAAACCCUGGUGUUACUUCCCUCGAAGACGCACAUACAUGGCUGAGCUCCGUCCUCACCAGCCACGAGACAUGCUCGGACGGGCUAAACGCGAAGACCCAGAUGAAUCCAUGGCUGGAUGAGUUGACAUCAAGAGCAAGAACAGGGUUGACUGUGUUAGUUGCAGCCAAGAGAGGAAGAGAUUAUGGGAGUAUGAAGAAGGGUGAUGACGAAGAUGAGUUUCCAUGGUGGGUGAGGAGUGAAGAUAGGAGGCUUCUGGGAAGUGCGGGUGGGAAGAUUAAAGCUGAUGUUGUGGUGGCUAAAGACGGAAGUGGGAAGUACAAGACGGUGAAGGAAGCGGUGAAGGGAGCGCCGGAGAAUUACAAGGGUCGGUAUGUGAUUUAUGUGAAGAAGGGAAAGUAUGAAGAGAAUGUUGAGAUUGGGAAGAAGAAGAAGAAUAUGAUGCUUGUCGGUGAUGGAAAGGAUUUCACCAUUAUCACUGGACACUUGAAUGUUGUUGAUGGAACCACUACUUUCAAGUCAGCUACUGUUGCUGCUGUUGGUGAUGGAUUCAUAGCACAAGACAUCUGGUUCCAAAACACAGCUGGCCCAAAGAAGCAUCAAGCAGUGGCUCUUCGCGUCGGAGCCGACAUAUCCGUUAUUUACCGUUGUCGGAUCGAUGCCUAUCAAGACACCCUCUACGCACAUUCAAAUCGGCAAUUCUAUAGGGAUAAUGAAAUCACGGGCACUGUUGAUUUCAUCUUCGGCAAUGCAGCAGUAGUGUUUCAAAACUGCAAGCUUAUCGCGCGAAAGCCCUUGCCUAAACAAGCCAACAUGGUUACAGCCCAAGGGCGAAUAGACCCAAACCAAAACACAGGGACCUCGAUCCAAAAUUGCAACAUAAUAGCGAGUCAAGAUCUGGAGCCGGUCAAGGGCGAGAUCAAAUCAUAUUUGGGUCGACCGUGGAAGGAGUUUUCGAGAACUGUGGUGAUGGAAUCUUACAUCGGUGACCACAUUGAUCCGGCGGGGUGGUCGGAGUGGAAUAAAGAUUUUGCAUUGAAGACUUUGUAUUACGGUGAGUAUCUGAACAAAGGACCAGGUUCGGGGACAAGUAAAAGAGUGAAAUGGCCUGGUUUCCAUGUUAUUACGUGUCCUCAAGAGGCUAAAAAAUUCACUGUUGGUGAGUUGAUUCAAGGAGGAGCUUGGCUCAAGUCCACUGGAGUUCCCUUUAAAGAAGGUCUUUAAGGAGGAGCUUGGGCCAGCUUAGUACAGCUGAUGAUGUGAAUUUAAGCACUAGUUUAUUACUGUAACUUGAUGGUUGUAUACAAUCAAGCUUGUUUUUUUUAAGUUUUAGAAAAUAUUAUGGUGUUCAACUAUUUAUUAUUUUAUAAUUUUAUAAAGAAUCCUGAAGAUUGUCCUCCUAAGGUCA